CCCCAAGGUGGAUCCACCGUCGUCGUCGACGCCACCGCCGUCAGUCACUAACGAGACUCGAUCGGAACCGCAGGUGAAACGCUCUCCAAUCCGCCGCCAGUGGUGGAAAAAAGCAAAGCCUGAAGAAGAGAAAAAAAAACACUUUGACGCGUUGAAUUGUGCCGUUUGCUUUCGAUUGGUUUCGUUGGAUUUUCAAGUGAAACACUGAAAACUGUACGGAAGAGUUGAACGCGUGUGCAAGCGAGGAAACUCGAGGCGGUGAAGUACCAGAAAUUGGAGUUACAAGUGAAUGGGGCUUCCUAUUUUGAGUGGCCGAGCGCAGCAGCAGCAGCAGCAGCAGUAACGAAGGAGAGAGUGGCUAAAAGUGUCGUAAAGUGUGCGCGUGUGUGUGAGAGUUGGGAAACAUGAAGAUCGGCGCCGUGUUGAGCGCCCCAAGGCUGGUGUUUUGGUUGCUCGCAGUGGUCACGGUGGUGGUGGUGCAAUGUGCCGACUCGGAACUGCCGGACUUCGAUUUCGAGGGCCAGAAAGGGUCCGCCGAUGACGAUGACGACUAUUAUUACGUGAGUGAUGGGGAGGAUGACCAGCAGAUGCAGCCGUCGCACAAGAUCAUGAACUACAAUCGAUCCCUGGAGGAUUCGGGUGAUGAUCGAGGCGUCGGCGGUGGCGGAGGUCCGCUACUCAUGGAGGACGAUGACACCAGCUUCGACAUGAUGGACGACGUUGACUUUGUCGAGGACGCCGCCGAGAGCAAUUUCCAGCGUAAGCAGGCAGCGAUGCGAAGGAUUAUGCUGCGGGCUUUCGCCAAUCGCGACAUGCAGAGAAAGUUCGGCCAGGUGCUGCCCCUGCUCAAGGUGAUGUCCAAGCCGCAGAAGGCGACGCUGGCGGCGCUGAUCUCGGCUCAGGUCAACUCCAAGGAGGGGAAAACGUUGUCACUCGAACAGGUGAAGCAGAUGUUCGGCAACCGGCAGGAGCUGAUUCUCCCGCUGGUGUACGAUAUAGCGAAUAUGAUCCGCUCGGUGGCCAAGCAGGAGAGUUUGCUGGAUCAGCGAUUCCCCACGGUAGACGAGGAGGAGCAGGUUCCCACGAAUCAACUGCUGCGGAGGAGCUUUUCGGUGAGAUCGGAGCCAUCGGGAUUCAAGAUGAAUACGGUAGAUUCGGCAGAUUCCAAUCUGAAGGAUGACCGCUUGAUGGUGGAUUUGGACGAUGACGAAGCAAAGACCAUUGAGGGAGGUGGAGAUGGGCCGCAAGCUCGUUCGAUGUCCGAUGCACCGGUGUUUGAGAGAUUGAUUCAGUCCAAGCCGAGGUACAAUAUGCAGAUGACGAGGAUGAAAGAAAAGACCGAAGAACGAAUGUCGUACCACGAGCGGAAACUAAACAUGACGGCCUUCAACUCGACCAAGAAUCAAAAGGAUCAGUUGGCGAUGGCAUCGGAUGGCCCUAUUCCGGUCACGUUACCCAAAGCGGGGUAUUCCAAUAGUUUCUCAAAAGCAAAACCCACCGCCACAAUGGUGACAACUUCGACGGAACCCCCAGAAGUGGAAACCACCACUCUAACGAUGGAGGAAAUCGAAGAUCUCGCCUUAUCCGGGCUGAAUGGAACUGAAUUGGAUGCGGUGGAAAGCAGUCUUGGUAGUGGUAAUGGAUCUGGUCCAGUGGCGGAGAUGUUGAUCGGGGGAGGAUAUCGAAACCGAGCGAAUAAAAUUCACAUUCUGCUUCCGAGCGAGAGGUGUGACCAUUUUUCCCAAGGAGUCUGUAUCCGGGUGGAGAAUUAUCCGUCGCCUCAGAUUAUGAACAGCAUCAACCGGCACCGGCGAGCCAUGGGAGCCCUGCUGGCGGAGUACAUCGACAAGAGUAACGAGUUCGACAAGAAUGCCUUCGAACCGGAGGACAUCGAAGCGGGGAUCAACACCAAACUGACGAAACGUUCGGAUGAUCCGUCCAAGUCCGGCGGUGGCAUGUGUCCGAGCAUUAUUCGCUACGCGCGACCGCAGAAGGCUCGUUCCGCUACCGGCGAGUGGAAGUACAUCGUAAACACCGGAGAGCACACGCAAACGCUGCGGCUGGAAAAGUGCACAACCCCAUCGGAUAGCUGCACUUACCUGACCGACAAUUUCCGCUCCCGGUGUGUUCAGAUAUACAAUUACCACCGAUUGCUCAGCUGGGACACGGCCCGAGGUCUUCACGUGGACAUUUUCAAAGUGCCGACAUGUUGUUCUUGCCACAUCGAUGGAUACCGAGAGGCUUUCCCACCAUUCAACGGCGGAGGUGGUGGAGGCGGUGGAGGAGGAGUAAGUGAGUACGAUUCCAAGAGCGACUCUUAUGAGGAUCCUAACAUUGCUGCUACCAAUAAUGUGAUACGGAAUACGCAGUACAGUACGUUGAAGUUUGAUAAUAAUGAUGAGCCAGAAAAUGUUGAAGACAAUAUUGCCUAUCACUUCGCCAACGGAUUCCAGCGGAUGAAACCGCCAAAGUAUGAUAACGGAAUUCUGAUUCCGCCAAGUCCUCCACCACAUCAGUUCACGAAGAAUCGCUACGAACGGCCGAAGCUCGUACCACCGAAGAAGCAGAAUCUGGCUCACUUCAUCCCGCCACCGAUUUUGGACACCUACCUCAGCCCACCUCCGAACGAAGUCAGUCAUUACACGCCAUUCAAACGAGGUCCACAUUUUACCAACAGCAAUACUCUGAAGCGGACUGCUCAAGUUCAACCAGCACCGAACCGACUUCCCAUCCGCAAGCAAAUCAACGUGGAUCAGAAUAUCGCUGAAACGGAUAUCCGGAUCAACCAGGUUCAGGUGAUGCCACCAAACAAACAGGAUCGUCUCCCUCCGACACAAGCCACCGAGAAGCAACGAAAACGAUACACCACCACUCAACAGACUCCAGCGAUCAAGAAGGAGAAGCCUCACUAUCAACCUCGACCCAAACAGCAAUCUUCCAAACCGACCUCCAUCAUCCCGGUGACCUCACCUCCAACGACCACCACUACGGCGGCCACGACCAACGGUCACCAGCGGAUCAACUACAACUACCAUCCGAUCAUUGACUUCUUCGGAGAGGAGGAAGCCCCGGAACUGCCGGAGCAAAUCGACCGCAUCGGUCUGAAUAGCGGAGGAGGCAGUGGGUCCUCUUCCAUGAACAGUUGGACACCGAUGGUGCACAGUAGCCAGGUGCGACCCAUGAGGAUACCUAUCUGAGUGUCGCCGAAAACCUUCUCCCUUUUCGCCUUCUUUUUAGUAUAGCUUAAUAAUUUAUUGAAACGAACGCGCCACUGGGGGUGUUCCGGAGGCGAUUACUGUGCGAUGAACCAUGGUGUUUGGACUUACAUGUCUGAGGAACUAUGUCUCAAUUUAUGCAUCAUUGUGUCAUGAAAUCCAGAGGUUUUCGCACUGAUGGCCGAAUGAUAUUUGGCAAAAUGACAAUUGUUCGAAUGGCAGAAACGACAAAUGGCCAGAAAGACAAAAAAACAGAAUGCAUAUUCAUGUAGUAGUUUUUCCACCAUGACUUUCAAAACAUUAAUUUUCUUCGGAACACUCAACUCACCACUGACUGAUUACUAACUUGGUGGUGAAGUGAAACCGUUCGAAACUCGAAAGCUUUGUGCUUGAAAGCUCCCGACCGCUUAAUACUCUCCCCAUUGCUCUCACAUAUCUUUUAAACGAUUUCAACAACCGCUCAAGCGACGAACUCGCUUUGCUCUCUUUCUUCUUUCUGAGCCGACUUUUCGAUCGGCUGUGAAGAAAUCUUACUGAGCUGUGCUUGUUCUCCAUAGCCCCCAAUGAAACGUUUCACCGUGGUGGACGUUUGUUUCUCUCUCAUGAAACAACGAAAACUUUCGAACAGUUCGGAAAGUUUUCGACCUCCUUCCCUAAUAAAAGCCUUGCAUUAUGCGGCGCUUCCGCGCAUAAGUUAGUUGCUCAAAUUUCGACCUUUCGUACUGCUCUAAACUACCCUAACUACCUGUUUGAAAAAAGGAAGCACACAUCGAUCGCGUUUUGUGUUCCGCAAUAGCUGUGUAAGAAGAAUACCCCGUAACUAGUGUUUAGUGUUAAAUUUUAAUUUUAUUUAUGAAGAAACGAGGACCGGCCAGGUGACAUUGACUACGGUGUUCGAUGGCCGAAUAAAAACCAACAAUUUUGCGUUGUUUUAAGCAUUAGAUCGAGAUUGAAAAUAUGUAGGUUGAUUGAAUGGAGAAAUACAUUCGCUGUGAUUUAAGGUGGUGGUUGAUUUUGUAAGCUGAAACUGUCCGAAAUCAAUCUAUACAAAGCUGGUUACUCAAGGUUUCCAAACUUCAGUGCCCCUAUACUGGCACGUCCCCGUGGAAGUGACUUCAAUAUUGCGCCUAAUUGA